AUGCCAUGUUUAUGGACCUGGAUUCUGUUAUUGUACACAGGUUAUACUUUGUGCGAUAGGAGUACAGUGUCUGUGGUAAACAGCGAUAAAUAUUCGCUGGCUCGUGAUAGACGAUAUUUAAUCUACGAUGUCAAUCAUGGGGAAGGCUUCAAUCUCAGGAGAGACGUUUACAUGAGGAUAGCUAAUACUGUGAGGUUGCUCAGGAAAGCUGGAGAACCCUUCGUCCUUGUGCUUCCUCCCUGGGGAGGUCUCUAUCACUGGCAGACUCAGGGAAUCAAAUUACGAUGGUCCUUGUUUUUCGAUGUAGAAAGUUUGAACGAGUUCAUACCUGUAGUGGAGUUCGAGGAUUUCCUGAAAGAGAAUGGACCUUUUCUGGAUCAGGUUGUCUAUCUACAACCGUACAAGGAGGGCUGGGGUGACGAGUACAAGUUAAAGUACGACCACAGACCUUGCAUCGAUGGUUCUAGAUUCUAUCAUCAGGAAAGCGAAAGUUCAUGGCGCGGUUGGUUUUUCUCCUAUGACGAAGUGCGAGCUAAGAAAUUCGAGUGUAUUUCGAUCCAAGGCGAUUCGGCAACGUUAAGAGACCUCAUCCUCAAAGAGAUGACUAUAUUCUUCGAUCGAGGAGAAGCAGUUCUCCACGAAAAUUACGGCGACGUAUACUAUUGGGAAGCGCGACGAAGCAUGCGCUAUGCCAAGUAUCUUAUAGAGGCUGGAAAUCAGUUCAGGUUGCUGUUCAAUUUUCAGAGUUUUUCAAUAUUCAAAAUUUUUGUGAAAAUCAGAAAAAGGAAUGCAAAAUUCCGUCGAUCUUUGAAGUAUAAAUGA